CUCUCUCUCUCUCUCUCUCUCCCGCAACCAACCUGCGGGGCCGGUGACGUCAGGCGCGGCGGCGGCGGCGGCGGCGGUGGUGGCGGGGGCGAGAUCCCCGGGUCUGCCUGCCUGCCUGCAGAGGAGGAGGCGGAGGCGGAGGCAGAGGCAGAGGGGGAGCCGGGCUAGCCCCCUCCUCUCCUUUCCUCCUGGCCCGGUGGGUCCCCCCAGCAUGGCCAAGCCCCACCGGACGCCGGCGCGCGCCUCCGAGCCCGUCAUCGAGGUCAAGAGCAAGUUUGAUGCCGAAUUCCGCCGCUUUGCCAUGAAACGCUCGGCUGUGGGAGGUUUCCAGGAAUUCUACCAGUUGAUCCAGAGGGUCCACCAGAUCCCUUGUGUGGACGUCCUCCUUGGGUACACAGACAUCCAUGGCGACCUGCUUCCCAUCAACAACGAUGACAACUACCACAAGGCCCUGUCCUCGGCCAAUCCUCUGCUCCGGAUCAUCAUCCAGAAGCGAGCAGAAGCUGACACCAGCGUCUUUGCCUCCAACUCGCUGCAGCGCAAGAAGAAGGGUCUGCUCCUCCGSCCCGUGCACCAGCGGACCAAGCCCCACUUGCUGAUCGGGAUGCCUCAGGACUUCCGCCAGAUCUCCUCCAUCAUUGACGUGGACAUUCUGCCAGAGACCCACCGGCGCGUGAGGCUGCACAAGCACGGCUCCAACAAGCCAUUGGGCUUCUACAUCCGGGAUGGGGUCAGCGUGCGAGUGGCCCCCCACGGGGUCGAGAAGGUGCCCGGCAUCUUCAUCUCCCGCUUGGUCAAGGGGGGCCUGGCCGAGAGCACGGGCCUUCUGGCGGUGAACGACGAGAUCCUGGAGGUCAACGGCAUCGACGUGGCCGGCAAGUCGCUGGACCAGGUCACGGACAUGAUGGUGGCCAACAGCCACAACCUCAUCAUCACCGUCAAGCCGGCCAACCAGCGCAACAACGUCAUCCGCAGCAGCAAAGCCUCCGGCAGUUCGGGCGUCUCCACGGACAGCACCCCCAGCCAGCAGACCCCCAGCCCCGCCUCCCAGUACCUGAGCAACUGCAGCACGGCCGAGGGGGAGAGCGACGAGGACGGCGACCUGGUGAUCGAGAGCGAUUUGCCGGCCAGCUGCCCCAACGGGGGUCUCCUGGAGAGCCUGCAGCACAGCCUGUCUCUCUACAGCUCGCAGGGGUCGCUGCCCUCACUGAACAGUCACAGCGGCAGCGGGAGCCCCGUGCGGGGCAGCCGGGCGGGAAGCCUCCGGGAGGACGGCACACUCUUCACGCUAUAGCCCCGGCCGGCACCUCCCCGCUUCUACGUGGAACCCCACCAAGGUCACCAAGGUCACCAAGGGAGAGAGGCUUCCUUCCUGGCCAGGCAGGGAGCGGGAGCCGGAGGCGUAGUGGACACAGGCCCUCCUCCUUUGGCUGGCGGCGCUCCGAAGCCCCCUCUGUCGCAAGGGUGGCCAUGGGUGGGGGGCAGGAGGGGCUGGCCCACAUUCCCUGAAACCAUGACCACCUGGAGAAGGCCACUUUUGUGAUUCCAAAACAGUGGGCGUUUUAUUCCAUGUGCUGUCUCCACUCGUCCGUGUUCCAGGCCAAGCGAGGUUGUGCCCGCCUCACCGCCUGCCGUCUCUGCCUCACCCACUCUCGGCUCUCAUUGAAGUGUUUCGUUUUGAGUUGUUUGUUUUUACAAAGACAUGCAUCCCAGAUUAAUAUAUUACAACAGACUAUUAAA